AUGGAUGAUGAAGAAGAAUUCGGGGCAGCCAUCACCAUCGGUUCGGAGACUACGGAGGCUGAAAAGGAAUUUGAAAAAGUCCUGGAGCAGAUGCGAGAGACUGAAGGCCUGAAACUAUAUUCAGAUGUGUACACCAAGCUUUACGACUCGUAUUACAAGAUGAAGGAAGAAAAUUUCAAGCAUCAGGAUAGAAUCGCAUAUCUUCAGGGGAAAUUGGGACGUUAUGACUCUGUAGUAUCGGAAUACUUGACUGAAAUAUCAGAUUCAGCUAAAACUAUAGAACAACUGAGAGCUGAAAUUGAUGAAGCCAGAUCAUUGGCAGACGCGAUGCAUUCCAGGGAACUAGCUGGUGUUGAAAGUCUUGAAACUAUGAAGAAGACUGUUACCAGGCUUGAAAAGGAAUUAGACGCGAGGAAGAAGGCUGGGGAUGAUGAUGUUGGUGCGACGUCAGCCGUUAAGGAAAAGGAGAAAUUUGAAAAGGAAAAGGCUCGUCUUCAAGGGGAAUUAGACGGAGCUACACACAGACUGACGAACGCUCUCAGUUACAUAGAAGAAUUGGAACAAAGGAACACACACGCUGAAGAAAGUAUAGCGAAGUUAGAAGAACAGUUAGAGGAAGCCGAUAAUAACGCGGUCCGUCAGAACAGACUGGUGUUGAACAUUUGA